UCAUUAAACAUUUGUACAGUGGGGUGCCUAGAUACUAGUGUCGUUAUCAAAACUCAAUAUUAAUAAUAUAUUGCUAAUUAUUCCUACUAAUUGAUAUUUCAAUAAAUCUGUCUCAUAUACUCAUUAGAAAAAAGUAAAGCGAUUGAAUAGAGAUUUGUAAACAGUCGCCGCUGUCAUCAUAACCUGUUAAUAUAUACGAAAUGACACCAGAGAGGGUAGAAGAGGAGCCCCUGGAGCUGGAUUGGCUACAGUUACACAAUGAGAUGAACCGCGCUGCAGGUGUGGAGACCACCAAGGAGAAGCUGUUCCGCAAGAUCAAGGAAAACCCUUUUGUACCCAUAGGUUGUUUGGCUACAACUAUGGCUUUAUGCUAUGGUCUUGUAUCUUUCAAGAGAGGUGAUACUAAGAUGUCUCAGUACAUGAUGAGAUCGAGGGUGGCUGCUCAAGGCUUCACUGUGGUUGCACUGGUUGCCGGAUUAGGUCUGACUGCAAUGAAGAAUCCUUAGAGCAUAAUUGUUAUAUAUUUACAGUGAAAUGUAUAUACGAGUCAUUAUUAAUAUUAUAU